GCCUACUUUCUCUUUAGUGGUGUCUAGCAGAAAGAGAUGGGGGGGGGGGGCAUUGUAGUAAAGUAGGGGGAAGUUGAUAUUUACUGUAUUUGACACUGUACGGAUACGUUCCAAGGAUUCCAUGCGCACUGAGGCACAGCCUUGUGGAACAGGUGUGUUAAGGCUUUCCGCAUCGAAGCACACAGACUGAACGCCCAUACACCCUUCAGAUAUGGGCGACUGUCUUCGUAAGUCAUGCCCCUGUUUGGAGACGAUAUGGGUCAGACUGUUUGGCGUCAAAAAGAACAGUGGAUGCGUUUCGAACAAUGACUCCAAUAACGACUGUGGGGUGGACUCGAGUAAAAAUGUUUGUCAGCCGUUACCGAAGAAAGCGCUCAAGCCUCCCCAGGCGCCCCAAAACGCGGAAAGCGCCAUUUACAUGGCUUUGUGGAGAUUUGAGGCACGAGCUCAAGAUGAGUUGACGUUCCAGGCGGGAGAUCUGUUCAACGUGAUCAGUCGAUCUGGAGACUGGUGGACUGCCCGUAAAAUAGACAAGAACGGGCGCGUUUUAGCGACUGGAAUUGUGCCGUUUAACUACCUGGCUAGGGGAGAAUCUCUCGAGGCACAGCCAUGGUACUUUGGGAAGAUGAACCGCUUUGAAGCUCUGGGUCAUCUCAUGUCCCCUGAGAACCAAGACGGAGCCUUCCUCAUCCGUCUCAGUGAGAAAGACAGUGUGGGAUAUGUCCUCUCAGUCAAAGACAAAAAGAAAGCCAAGCACUUCAAGAUCUGUGAGACCAAGGGCAAGUACAAUAUAAACCAGACACACUCCUUCAGUAGCCUGAUCGACCUGGUGGAGUUUUACACCACUCAGUCUCUGGGUACAGUGGAGUGCUUGGGCAAGGCCUGCAUCAGGAAAGAGCCAGUACCCCAGGACUUGUCCCAUUCCACGGUGGACGAAUGGGAGCUCCCUAAGGAGGAGUUCACCGUGGGAGAACAACUGGGCAGCGGGUACUUCGCCGAUGUUCACCGAGGCGUUUGGAAGAACCGCAUCAACGUGGCCAUCAAGAUCCUCAAGAACGACUCUGUGAAUGACCUGGAGUUCCAGCGUGAGGUUCAGAUCCUGAAGAAAAUAAGGCACAGACACCUGAUCUCCCUGUUCGCUGUCUGCACCUCGUCAGCCCCCUACUACAUAAUCACUGAACUCAUGGAGAAGGGAAACCUCCUGAACGUCCUCAGAAGUUCGGAGGGGUCUAAACUGGACCUGAUGUCUCUGGUGGACAUGGCAGCCCAGGUGGCUGAUGGGAUGGUGUAUCUGGAGCAGGAGAACAGCAUCCAUAGGGACUUGGCGGCCCGUAACGUCUUGGUCGGGGAGAACUACAUCUGUAAGGUGGCUGACUUUGGACUGGCCAGAAUUAUAAAGGAGCCCGUCUAUCAGUCUGAGGAUAAGAAGAUUCCAUACAAGUGGAGCUCCCCAGAGGCCAUCAGCCACGGACGCUUCUCUAACAAGUCCGACGUCUGGUCUUUCGGUAUUCUACUCUGGGAAAUGAUGACCUAUGGUGGAAUCCCCUACCCAGGUUUGAACAACAUUGAGGUGUACCGUCAGAUCAUCGCUGGGUACCGGAUGCCGGCUCCGGAUAAAUGUCCAGAUUUCAUCUACAAGAUCAUGCUGAGCUGUUGGAGUGACAGCCCUCCAGAUCGACCAGACUUCAAAGAACUCCGACACAAACUGGAGAAUGUGAACCGCUACGAGCUGGAGUAGUGAGCCUGACCUGGGCCAGGCCUGCAGUGAGCACCCCGGACCACCGGGGGGCAACAGAGUCCAGGAUUCUCAGUGGACAGUGGGAAUUAGGCAUGCAUUAGGUACAUGGCAAUAAUGUGGCAUUGGAUGGCACAUAGCCAGGUGUAAUUCCGGACAGUAACGAACUGUGAGGUGGUCCGCGUGACCAAAUGUGGUCUUAAGUCUGAGAGAAUCUGGUUUUCGGCGUAACAAUUGUGGGUUCAAUUCCUGGGACCAACAGUUUAACUGCAUGCAAACAUGACUUUAGUUAGCAUUGGACAAAAGUGUCAGCUACAUGGCAUGUAUUAUUACAUUUUCUAUCCUAACAUGCUAUAUUAUUAUUAUUAUUAUUAUUUAUGCUGUAUAUUAUAACAAACAUAGAGGACUUGGCUUUAACUGUGACGGAUUGGAAACUCAAGUGAUACUUUGGCAUUGUUUUUGAAAUUGUUUUUGUUUUUUGUUUCUGAACAGAUUUUCGCUGUUCUUUAAACACCUUUACUAUAAUACCAUAUUUCACUGUUAUCUUUAAUGUAAUUUCCUCUCAAUCAUACUAUGUACUUGACAGUAGUAAAACACUUGCCAUAUUUAGCAUGAGGCUGAAGCUUAGUUCGAGAGAUAGAGACAGAAUGAGAGACUUUCCCUGUCCCCUCCUACUGCGGUCUUCUUGGUAAAACUAGGUCAGCGACUCUCUUCACGGACUGGCCCACCUUCCUGCCGCUCCGGGCAGAGCGGCCAAUCCCUCCUCCCCUGCCUCUCCGGUGAUGAAACAGCAUUUCUGGGCAACAGAACUGCCCUCGGCUGGUCUGCCUGGUGCUGACACACAAAGUCAGUAGUGACACACAAAGACAGUCGGCACCAGGUCACUGCAGAUUGUGCAAAGUUGUAAAUACCACAACAGGCUGAUUGUCUAAUACCUGUAGCUAAGGAGAACACUGGUUUAUGUCCUUUUCUUUGUUCUAUACGUCUGUAAAUAGUGUUCGGGUGUUUCGAUCCAAUCCUAAAACUACACUUAAGGCAUUGCAAGUUCCCAGGAGCUCAGUGGGAUCCAUCAUUGGGAAAUGAAGGAAGUUUGGAAGCACCAAGACUUGUCCUAGGUCUGGGCAUUCAGCUAAUUUACCAGAAAUGGCCUGAGCAUGGUUUCCGUUGAUCUCAUUGGAGCGAUGAGGGCACCUGCUGGUACAAGCCAUCCAGGUUCAUCCACUCUCUGAGUGUCACAAUCUCUUGUGAGAUUGGGGGCCCGAGGACUUCAUCCAAAGUCAACUUUCAGUGUGUCAGAACCGGGUCAGGACCUUGUUGAUGCAUACUGUCGUCCUCGUCGAUCUGGGUUGUACGCUCUGCUGCCGUUGGGCCAACUUGUGCUUGAUACGGCCUCAUUCGUGGGCGUGUGGGUCAGACGUUGGCUCUGCCAACCGGUGCUGGGACCACGCAGUGCUGCAAGCCGGUCCGGCAGAUUAAUUGUGGGCAAAGAAGUCCUAGGCAGGCCUCGGCUGACUAAUGCCGGGACCAUGUUGUUCUAAAAGCCAGUCCCAGGCCUCAGACAUGGGUGAGGGGGUCCCACUUGGUAGGCUUUAGCUGUCCCCAUCAGCAUUAACCAGAGAAAGCGAUAAGAAGCAUUUAAUGAGAAGGCAUCUGAUUGUGAUCUUGCAGCAAGAAUCCAGAUAUGUGUUUCAUCUGGAUCGAAGUUCUCCCCCUGAAAGUCGAGUCAAAACAAGGGGAAAUUAUUGAACAGUGUUUUACAACCAAAUAGAGUUUUGGGAGGAUUCGCAGACUAAAUCAAAACUGCUAUAUAGCAGAUAUUUUGUCCAGGUAGUUUUCUGUUUUCCCCUAGAAGCAAGGUGAAUUGUACUAGCAUUAGAACGUGCUCCAGGAGUGCAUGGUGAGAUUUGCUCAUCAUUUUGAAUGUUUGAAAACAUGUUGCCCUACAUGUGAAGCUAUUUUGCACAUUUCUUUAGUAAUUCCAGUUAAGGGGUAAUACAAGAAAUAUAAAGAAAUGUAUUGUGGAAUAUUGUGAAAUGUGUGUGUGUGUGAGUUAGUGAGUGGUUGAGUUGUACAGGUGAUGAAAUAUCCUACUGUAUAAUAAGUUGGUAUACCAAGGGAAUAUAUUUUUGUUUACCAAUGAUGGGAUAACUGUAGUAAUACACUUUGGGGGCUCAUCCGGGAUUGGCGCUAACGUCAAGAUUCAACUCAGUUUAGAGGACAAGGCCAUGUCACACUUGCUGCACCAAUGUUAUUUAAGGUAUUGAACUGUUUACUAGUUCACCAGCCAACAGUUCCAGUUCUAUUGGUCUUUUCCUUGACACUAGGACAGCAGUCCCUGCCCAUUUUCCAUGAGAGGUACAGUCACUGUGUUUGAGUGACAGACUGUCAGCCCAAUGAAAGUUUUGUUGUGGUCUCAGGGGGUUUCUGACGAAUAUCUUCUGCUGCCUGACAUUUCUCAACAUCAGAGGAGGUCCGGAAGCAUAAACAGAAUCUCCGACACAGUUAUGCCGCCCAGCUGUUACUAUUGCUGUCCAUGAGGAGAGUUGAGGAAACCCAGGGAAGCUGUCAGACGGGCAAGACAGAUAGGGGCUUCUGUGUCAGCGUCUGAGAGUGUAUUUGUAUAGUAUUUGUAUAAAGCAUGUUUCCCUCACGUGCUGUGAAGUAUUACAUACAUGUAAGUCAU